CGUUUUACUUUACUGAGAGUUUACUUCCUUUUGUUUUCCUUUUUUAAUUCUUUUUGUAAUAAUUAUUGAAGUAUAUACAAACUCGGAAAUAGAAAUAUAAACUUAAGGUGCUUAACAAAAAAAAAAAAAAAACAACAGGCAAAAUUUUGAAAUUCUGUAGGUUGUACAUCUGUGUGUUUUUAUUUUUAUUUUUUUGUAUAUAAAAAAUGAUAUACGGAUUCCUGUAUGAUGCUGAGGAAUGCGCUGAGGAGAUCUGGACGGAAUUUCUUGAACAUGAUACAUCAGUCUUCUAGGGCUGUUCAAGAGCUGAACACACAGAGCGAUCCUGGAAACUUGUCUCUUCUCGAGCAGCUGGGCCUCGACCAGAGCUCUGAUUUUUCUGACACGUCUGUUCAGCAGAAGCUGGAUGAAACUAAGGACAAAAUUAAGAAAGAGAUUCGGAAAGAAUUAAAGAUAAAGGAGGGGGCAGAGAACUUGCGUAAAGCCACGACAGAUAAGAAAAAAUUGUCGAAUGUUGAAAGUGUCCUAAAGAACUCCAACAAAAAGCUUGAUGAACUCCACCAAAAGCUGCAGGAUUUAGAUGCCCAUAUUGUUGUGAAAGGACAUGAAGACUUCAAAGAUGUGCCACAGUCUCCAGGUGACCAAACCCGUUUCACUGCAAACAGCAACCGAAUUGCCGCUUUGGAAAAGCAGCUUAACAUUGAACAGAAAGUGAAGCAAGGAGCAGAGAACAUGAUCCAGAUGUACUCCAAUGGUUCUACUAAGGAUCGUAAACUUCUACAGACUGCACAGCAGAUGCUUCAAGACAGUAAAACAAAGAUUGACAUCAUCAAAAUGCAGAUCCGCAAAGCAGAACAGGCAGAUGAGAUGCAUACUGAAACAGAUGAUGGACACGGCAAACCAGAUUUUAUCAACCUAGAGCUCCGAAUUGAAGACUUGAGGCACCAUUUCCGAGUUGAAUAUGCAGUGUCUGAAGGAGCCAAAAAUGUGCUACGACUUUUGGGUUCAUCAAAAGCUCAAGAUAAGAAAGCUAUGACAGAGGCUCAGACCAGUCUGAAUGAGUCAAGUCAGAAGCUAGACCUACUGAAGCACUCACUGGAGCAGAGAGUGAAUGAGCUCCCUGAGGACCACCCAAAAGGUUGUAUCAUUAAGGAGGAGUUGGUUAUGUCAUCGUCUUCUACAUUUACUGCUCGUAGUAGCACUCAGUACCAGCACAAUCAGUACAACACUCUCUACAAACCCUCUCCACUAACAGGUACCUUGGAAGUGAGGCUUCUGGGAUGUAUAAACCUUUUAGAGAAUGUUCCAGGCAGAACUCGUGGAUCCUCAGCAACGCUUCCAUUUUAUAGCCCUGGGGAAGGGAAGCCUUCCUUUAUAAGCAGAACUGGCCGUGGUCUGUAUUCAAGGAGUGGAAGUAUGAGUGGAAGGAACAUCAUCAAGACUGAAGACCUUUCCAAUGAAGUAAGCGCAGUACUGAAGCUGGAUAACGUAGUUGUGGGGCAAACUUACUGGAAACCAGUAAGCCCACAGGCAUGGCAGCAAGGCUUUUCCGUAGACCUCAAGAGGUCUAGGGAACUUGAAAUCUCUGUAUAUUGGAAGGAUUAUCGUGGUCUUUGUGCUUUAAAAUAUCUCAAACUGGAGGACUUUUUGGACAAUCAAAGACAUGAAAUUCAUCUGAGCCUGGAGCCUCAGGGAACCCUCCUUGCAGAGGUCAAGUUUCUCAACCCUGUUAUUGAACGGAUACCAAAACUUCAGAGACAGAAAAAGAUUUUCUCAAAGCAGCAAGGAAAAGCUUUUAGUCGAGCUCGACAAAUGAAUAUUGACAUUGCCACAUGGGUGAGGUUGUUAAGGAGAGCACUUCCAACAGCAAGCACCACUGGUGCCUAUAGCCCAGCUGCUCACAUGGCAGCAGUACCAGGAUCAGAACGUCGAUCAAGCCCUCCCUCAAGUUCAUUAAGUGAUGGAUUUGAAAAAAUAAACCUUUAUGAUGACAGUCCACAGAAAACUCGGCACGAAUCGUGGACUAGACGCAGUGACUCAGACUCAUCAGAUAAAUUGGUAAUGAAUGACAAACCAGUAAGCACAGAGACUUCUUCAACACCAGAAAUCUUGCCUUCUCGAGAAUCUAAGAGGUCUUCAGGGAACUCGCUUCAGAGCUUUCAGAGGGCAAAAGCUGUAAAUCUCCAGGAUUUCAAGUUUCUCGCAGUGCUUGGAAGGGGUCACUUUGGCAAGGUGUUGCUGUCAGAGUACAGGAAAACAGGGGAUUUGUAUGCCAUCAAAGCCUUAAAAAAGGGUGACAUCGUUGCUCGUGAUGAGGUAGAAAGUCUUAUGUGUGAGAAGAGGAUAUUUGAGACUGUAAACAGCUCGAAACAUCCAUUCCUAGUAAAUUUGUUUGCCUGCUUCCAGACCAAGGAGCAUGUCUGUUUCGUGAUGGAGUAUACAGCUGGAGGGGAUCUCAUGAUGCAUAUCCAUACAGAUGUUUUUUUAGAGCCACGUGCUGUGUUUUAUUCAGCCUGUGUAGUUCUUGGACUCCAGUUUCUCCAUGAUCACAAGAUAGUCUACAGGGACCUCAAACUGGAUAACUUACUGCUAGACACACAUGGCUAUGUGAAGAUUGCGGAUUUUGGACUCUGUAAAGAAGGAAUGGGAUACGGUGAUAGAACUAGCACUUUCUGUGGAACUCCAGAAUUUCUGGCACCAGAGGUUCUGACAGAUACAUCGUAUACCAGAGCAGUGGACUGGUGGGGUCUUGGAGUGUUAAUAUAUGAAAUGUUAGUGGGUGAGUCUCCUUUUCCAGGAGAUGACGAGGAGGAAGUGUUUGACAGCAUUGUGAAUGAUGAAGUACGCUACCCACGCUUUCUGUCCACAGAAGCCAUUGGCAUUAUGAGAAGACUGCUAAGAAGGAAUCCAGAGCGGCGUCUUGGAUCAAGUGAACGUGAUGCAGAAGAUGUAAAGAAGCAGACAUUCUUCCGGAAUAUUGACUGGGCUGCAUUACUAGCAAGGGAGAUGAAGCCUCCAUUUGUUCCAACAGUCAAGGGACGUGAGGACGUUAGUAACUUUGAUGAAGAGUUUACAGCUGAGGAACCAAGUCUGACACCCCCUCGAGAGCCGAGGGUUCUCAUUCAGAAGGAGCAGGACAUGUUUAGGGAUUUUGAUUAUGUGUCAGAUUUGUGCUAGCCUUUGGAGAGUGUGCAUCUGCAUCUGAACAGUGGCAGCACAGUUAUAUGCACAAGCACCUGAAACAGAAAAGCUGAGACCACACCAGAAGAUGAGUGCGUCUAUAUGUUCUUAUACAAGCACAGUUAAAACAGCUGAAGGAAACAAAAUGUUUCUUCUGCCUUUUAGUUUUUAUUGUAUUUAUAUAUAUAUGUGUGUAAAUAUAUAUGUAUAUGUCACUUCUUUUAAAAUGAUUUUUUAGCUAUGGAAUAAUCCUUUGAAGUUGACCUGUUACUAUCCAGGUUUUAUUGGAGCAAUUUUAAACUCCUCCUUUAUUCUGCCAUAUACAACCUUUUCUCCUCCCCCUCUUGACUGUUGUUUUAAUUUUGGUGGACAUUGCAAUAAUUUUAUGGAUUCAGUGAAAGUUUUUCACCUCUCUUGGUUGUGUUUUACUCUGAGGACGUGGCCACUGUGAAGGAAAUCAAUGACUUAUUCCUGUUUUCAUCAGUUACAAGGUGGAAACAUCUGUCUUACACUGUUUACAUAAAGAACAAUUAAACCUCAGCUAUACACUGCAUAAGCAAAUUGCUUGAAGUAAAAUUCAUAUCAAGGGAACAAAAAUCUUCCAUCUUGGAAGAACAAUUGAAUGUGUAUAUAGAAAUCAUUUUAUGACCGUGUGAAGUGAACAGCUGAAGGGUCGGUGACGUUAGCCUUCCAAAUGCACUGUCAUAUGAAGCAGAUCAGGUGAAAACAAUUCAAGGUUUUGUCAUCUGUAUACAGAGUUGUAUUUAUGAUGGCUUAUAAAAUUUAGAAACCAACCUCAGCUUUUCCACUCUGUGAAACAAUUUUCUCAUUUUGAAGUAUUGAAUUUGGAGCCUGCAAACAUCAUUGCAUUAUGUACUGCAGUUGAAAAGUAUAAGUACAUUAUUUCUUGAGUUCUGCCAGGUUUUUAAUUUUCUUAUUAUUUUGGAGUGGGAGGGGGAAAUGGUUAGGCAUGCAAGCAUAUAGUUUAUGCCUUGUUUAAAUAUACCUCGGUGUCAUGCCUAGAGUCAUGCUGAAAUUACCAGUGUAAAACAAAAUCAGAAGAAACGAGUGUAGCAUGGGAAUAUACAGGGUUUGCCCUAGACUUUUUGUGAUCACUCAUUAAAUAAAAACCUGAUUAUAAAACCCA